CUCUCUCUCUCUCUCUCUCUCUCUCUCUUUUGAAAAAUUGCUCACUCAUCGUCACAAACCAAACUUCUCCACGAAUUUUCAAUCUUCCUUCUCUCCAUCUCCGAUCUCCGAUCUGAGAACCUAAGAGAUCUUCUAAGAACUUUCAAUCUCCAACUGAAUUUCCGAGAAAAUUAGUGAGUAGAAAUGGGAGAGGAAGUGAGGAUGAGCGAUUACGAUGUCUCCGGCGACGGAGAUAGGGUUACGGAAUGGGAGAUGGGGCUACCCAGCGACGAAGAUUUAGCAUCGCUUUCUCACUCACUGAUUCCGGCGAAUCUCGCGAUGGCUUUUAGCAUAACUCCGGAGAAAAGCCGUACGAUCCAGGACGUGAAUCGCGCAUCGGAGACGACCUUCUCGUCGCUGCGCGGCGGAUCUUCCGGUCCCAACACUUCCUCCUCAAACAACAACAGCAACAGCUUCAAAACCGGCCUCGCGGCGGAGGAGGAAGAUCGGGUCGGAUCGAGCAGCCCCGGAUCCGACUCGAAGAAACAAAAGACAUCGGACGGCGACGGCGAUGGCGGUGGCGGUGUGGAUCUAUCUACGGCGGAUGUAACGGCGGAGGAAGGAGAUUCGGGAACCGAGGAUCCUACUGGGAAGACACUGAAACGACCGCGUUUAGUGUGGACGCCGCAGCUACACAAGAGAUUCGUCGACGUGGUGGCUCACUUGGGGAUUAAAAACGCCGUCCCGAAGACGAUUAUGCAGCUGAUGAACGUGGAAGGACUGACUCGAGAGAACGUUGCUUCUCAUCUCCAGAAGUACAGGCUGUAUCUCAAGAGGAUGCAGGGAUUGACGACGGAAGGCCCGUCUACUUCCGAUAAGCUCUUCUCAUCAACGCCUGUGCCUCCGCAGAGCUUCCAAGACAUCGGAGUAGGUAACGGCCAAGGGAAUGGAUCGGCCGGAGUUCCGAUUCCGGUGCCGUACGGAGCGCCGCCGAUGAUGCAGAUGCCAGUCUAUGCGCAUCAUAUGGGUAUGCAAGGAUAUCAUCACCAGAAUCUCGGUCAUGAUCCUUAUCAUCAGAAUCGUCAUCAUCAUCAUCAUGGAACUGGUGGACCUGGUGCGUUUGAAGCAAAUCCGUAUAUGAUGCAGCAGAACAAGUUUGGAUCCAUGGCGUCGUAUCCUUCUGUUGGUGGUGGAAGCGCGAAUGAGAAUUGAAAACGAAUUGGAUUUGGGAGUCUAGAGAUGGAUCAGUGAAGGAAGAGAAGAAUCGGAAGUAUGUUUUGUAUUUCUUCUCAGCAACAUCACAUGCCUUGGAGGUAGAUUGGUCAGGUUCUUGGCUUCUGGUAACAUUUCAACUUCAUUACAUCCAUUCAAAAUUUCUCAUAUUUUUUCCGAGUUUCCCAUCCCAAGUCGUCAUUGCAUCUAUAUAGGAGGAGAUCAUACAACAUACCUUGUCGAAGAUAAACCAAUCAGUAUUCUUAGAGCACAAUGCAGGGCGUUGAAAAUGCAUCUGAUAAGUUUCAUACUUUAAUUCUGUUUUGUGAGGUAAGUGCCUUUGGUUAUUGUCUGUAGACUUCUUAGAGAGAAAAUCAAGAGAGAUGGCAUCAGACACAAUCUUCAUGUUUAUUCGUCGUAUGACGACUUUUUCUUUUCUAAAGUAAUAGCCUUUGAUUGGAUUGAAGAGCC